AUGCAUUCAAAUUACUCUAGAUCAAUAUAUAAUUCGAGGUCCUUAGUUCGACCAAAGUCUGGAGCUAUGUCAAGAGGAACCCCGUUUGAUACUCCUGGUCAGCUAAAGUCAAAGUCAAUCGGAACUCCUUUUGAUGUCCCUACUCAAAUUAGGCAGUUAACGCCAACAAACAUUACAUCGAAUUCUAAGGAUAUUGUUACCGAAUCUGAGGUGUCUACAAAAGAUAAUUUCAUUACUGAUUAUAACAAUAAUUCUACAGAUUCUGUGGUGGUAAUUGCACAGGAUAAUGUUCCAACUACCAGCGGAACACAAAAAUUUUCUUCUACCUCUGAGAAUUUUUCCGAGGAAUUUAUUGAGAAAGAGAAAGGUUCCGUAGAUAUAGGUGAUAUAGGUAAUGCAUUAUCACAAGGCUCUAACAGUAAUCCCUCCGAUAAUGAAUCAGAAUGUACACCCGGGCAAACGGAGGAUUUUUUAAAAAAAACCGCAAAACGUCAUAAAAGAUCUAAUUCAAUUGCUUCAGUUACAUCAACUGCAACUGAUGGAUCUGGCGUUAGUGGUGGUAGUGGCAGUUCGACUAAGAAACGAAAAUCGUUCAAAAUACGUAAACUUAAUAAUAAAAAACGAACAAAACCCUGGGAGGAUGAUCCUGAAGAGGAAAUUCCACAUGAUGAUGCCGUUGUAACUAUAGCAGAAUUAUGCAAGGAUAUCAAAAGAGGACGAAAGUCCUCUACUUUUAAAGAAUUAGAGCUUGCCAAAUAUUUAAAAGCACAUCAAAGACGUGCAAAACGUUUAAAACUUGAUGAUCUUAACGAAUGCGAUGAAAGUAACCCCGAUGACGAAAUAAGAAAAAAAUCGAACGAAGAUCAAUUGCUAGAAGAUAGCCAAAAAGAUAAUGAUCUACAAGAUAGUGAUCAUCAAGAAGAAAAUUUCGAAGCCGACAAUCAGGAAAAUUCUGAUGAAAAUGAUAAUUAUGAUAAUGAAUAUAUUGAGGACGGAGAAGAUAGCGAAGGAAAUUAUGAAGAAAUGGGAGAAUACGAUCAAGAAAUUAAUGGGGAAGAAUUAAACGAUGAAGAAGAAACUAAUAACGAGAUUGGAAAUGAUAAGCCAAUUUUUAUGAAAAGACGCACUUUUACGAAUCGUGGUAGUCGAUUCAUAAAUGACGAUGGACAAUACGUUGUUCGAGAAGAUCCAAAUGAACAUCGUAACGUAUUUAAUCCUGAAGGGAUGGAAGUUAUUGAAGAAGAUAAAUUCUCUCAUAUCGUAAAUUCUCAUUCUUAUGCAAAACUAACCACUAUUACAAAAUUACAGUCAUUGUCCCAAUGGGGAACAGAUUUUGAAAUAAUAUCUCAAAAGUCGUUUAAUAAUACAAAAACGCGAAUACAGAUUAAAAACAAAUAUAAGCGAGAAAGAAAAAUAAAUCCUGAGCGCGUUAAUGAAGCACUGGACACUCGUAUACCUAUUAAUGUUGAAGAGUUAAAUCUAUAA